CUCCACUUGUAGGAUCCAUCCGGAUUGGGACCUUCUUGGCUCUGACUGACAAUUGGUAUCACGUCGUCAGCGGGUGCUGCUGCGGCGUACGCUGACAACGCGACCAAAAUUACCUGGUGAUUACCGCAAAAAAUAAAAGCACAAACAUGACUAGGUGCUAUACGUGUGUGCGUGAAUGCGCGUUCGACCCAUCCGCAAAAUUUGGAUGUAUGUUGUGGCUGAUGGAGUGGGGUAAUGGACAAACAGGGUGCGGGGCAAAGAGAGACUUAAAUAAGGUAUUACCAGAAGGUCCCAGAAUCUUCGGAUGACGGAUAUAUAAAGCAGAAGACAUGUACGGGAUGUUAAGUCAGUGCGAAACUUUCGAGCAGCAGCUAGGAAAAAUAAUACACUUUUUCAACAUGAAUUCAUUGACAAUGACUUUGUGCGUUCUCGUGGCAGCGGCAACAGCAGCACCGCCCGGUGUUGUAGAUGACAGCGUGUUAGCUAAAUCUCUCAACCAAAUUCCUAUUGUCAGACAAGCUCUAGACGGACCCAACCCCGAUGGUUCCUACAACUACAGCUACGAAACCGGUAACGGUAUCCAGGCUCAGGAAGAAGGUCACCUCAAUAAUGUGGGCACCGAUCAGGAGGCCAUAGAAGCGCGAGGCAGCUACAGCUAUACUGACAACGAGGGUAAAACCUAUCAGGUCUCGUAUGUAGCCAACGAAAACGGAUUCCAGCCGGAGGGUGCUCAUUUACCUGAGGUACCGCCACUAAUCAAGAAGGCUCUUCAAUACAUUGCUGAACAUCCCGAGGAAAACGGGGAAUAAGAACACCGGACGUGACAGAGAAAUAUGGCAAAAAUCGGCAAAUUGCAAGCGAAUCUUGACAAGAUGACAAAUUGGAAAAAGCCUAGCGCGGACGCGAUUGCGGUCGCUUUGAGGAUUGAUCCUCGUGGAGACCGACAAUCUCGAGACACGGCUAUUUGUGUCGUGAUUAUUUUUGUAUUUGUACAAUAUUAUUAAUAAAGUUAUAUAAUAUUUGCAUAUAAUAUUAUUAUAAUUUUAUACCAUUAUUGAUGAAUGCACAGUAAAUCUUGUAAC